AAACUCAACACUUGUUUCAAAUUAAAAGCCCCUUAUAACCUCGGCUGAGAGAAUCCCUCCAUUUUCUAAAUAGGCUUUUAUUCUGAAAUAUUUGUCAGAACUUCCUGUGGAAGAUACAGUAGCUUGACAGUUUACGUAUGGUACUUCAAAUGUAGCUCCUGCCAUCUGCUGACGCUUUUAGGUGACUACAACAACAUGUCGGCUGGCACAUGAACACACACAGUGACUCAAAUAAUAGUAAAAUAAAAACAGGACAAGAAUAACCCGAUGACAUCACACACGCCGUGAAAGACGACCGGGGAUAACUGGUGAGUGUAGUGUGUACCAGGCAUAAUGCAAGACCUGAGUCUGAAAUAUGUCUGUCAGCGAGCCCUACGCCACCUGUUUAGACUCCACCGUAGACAACGGCAGCAUUUCUCCGACCACAUAGCGAGCCACAAGCUCCGUGGCUUCUUUCAGACUGACAGGUUUAAUGUUAUCUCCGUUAUUAGAACCAAACGACAGUUGUUGCUGUUUCGGAGCUGAAGGACCAGCGUUCUGAAAGUAACGGAAGUAACUGAUGUCUUGUUUGACAAUGUACUUAAGUAUUUGAUUACUCAAGCAGCACACUAACGCAUUAGGUUACUCGUUACUGCAAAAAGUACUCAAAGUACUCUAACUCUGCUGAUGAGACACCCUGGAACAGGCAGCACAGCUGGAAAAGUGUUCACACUUCUAACACUACACACAGCACUCGUGAUAAACACAUUUCAUAAAUUAUUCUUUCUGUGUACAUAAAUUAUUUACUACUUUCCCUUCAGACGUGUCUUCCACUUUGGGUGUUUGUCCGUGCUUUUGGCAGAAUUUUUUAGGUAUGCUAAUGGUAUAUACCUUUGGCAUUUGACUCGUUACUGCGUUUGUUUGUGACUGUUUGGCCACAAUUAGUUGUAUAGCGCAUGUCACUUGGUUUUAAAAGGGUUUCUGGGUCAUGACAUAUUACACAGGGGAUCACAUAUUCUAUUGUCUGAACACAGACUACGUUCCCUGGUCAAGUAUUAAUGUCACGCCUCGUUACAGGAAAAAAACAACACUCUGGUAGACACAGUACCACCACUGAAUGCUUGCACAUUGUGACAUCAUCGCUCUUGUUUUUGAGCACACCUGCCGUGCAUGUACAUUGAAAACAAUGGAUUUAGGGGCAUCAAAUAUGUUGCAUGUGUACGGCCCCUCAGGCAUGUUAGUGGGGACGGGGAGACGGGUGGUAAAUCAGUCACCUCCACUGGUGAUGUAGGGUCAUGGAGAAAAAAAAAUUCUUGACAAACAAACAACAGUUGGUGCUCACUUUUUUGGUUGUGGGUGAGAAAAAAUAUGACGCUACACAGAGACCGACAUACUCAAUGUCAGACGCGCGUGACCAAUGAAAUGUUUAGUGACUUGACUGAUUUUUGGUCCCGUGUGCAGCUUCCCUCUCUAGCCUGCCUCCAGGAGGGGGCUCUGUUUCUGUUCUCAUGGUGAGCUGCUCCAGGUCUGAUCCAUCAGGGAUGACUUUUGGAACCGAGCGAUACAGGGACUUGAAAUCUGUCCAAGACUUUUGAGUCCUCACUGAACUCUGAGACAUUAAAAGGACAAAAGAAUCCGAACUCAACAAGAACUCUGACUCCAGCUCAGACUGUUUGCUCCUGUUGAUGACAUCAGGACACCAAAGUCUUCUGAGCUCUGAGCAUCAUCAAGAACUUAAAUAGCAGAUUAAUAUGAUGUAUGUUAUCAUGUGUAACAUAUUUGAUGUCUUAUCCAGUGUCUUGCAUGUGUCCUGUGUUUGUCCACAUGUAGAAGACAGCUGAGUUUUUCUUGCUGAGCUCCACCUGUAUAAAGAUGGAGGCUCAGCAGGGCGCAGCUCUUCUUCUUUUUGACUCUUGUUGGAGGUACAAAGACAGAAGUUGAGUUGAAGCCUGUUUGUUUGUGUGUGGAGGAUUGUAAUGUCCAUAUCAUCAGAUGAGUUCAGCCUUUAAUAAAAGUAGUUUGUAGACUCUGCAGUGGGAUUAAAGUUCCUGGUGUUGGUCUUUGCUCCUGUCACAGUCUCACUACUAAAGCUCAGACGCUCCUCAGGAUCAGCUCCACAGGACUCUCAAACUAACGUGUACAGAUGUGAAGCCCUGACUGUAUCUGACUGAUGUUUAAUGAAAGCUGUUGUCUUGUAUCAAAUAUGAAGCUCAGUGUAUUCAGCCUGUGUAGCUGAGGGGACAGGUCACACUGAUAUGAUGCUGAUUUACAGGAGAGUUCAUGAACCAUCAACAGAAAGUACAGUUUAAUAAAUGAAUCUAUCAUAAUUAAAACAACUGGAGACUGAGAACAAACUGAUAUAUGAGUCUGAUAAUAUUUUAACAGGAUGUGAGAGUUUCUGUGACUUCCUGUUGAGGCUGAAGGAGCCUACUGACGAUGCAUCGCAGCACAUCCACAGGAUGUUCUCUACAAACUGAGAUGGUGAAAAUCUGCUGUUCAAAAAAAAAGAAAAAACUGCUGACAACACACAAAAUAAGUAACUUCAGAUGUUACUGAGUAAAAACUGAUUUCUGACAGUAAACCUCACCUCAUGAGAACACCUCGACUGACUGAGGAACUGAAACCGUGUCAGAGGGAGGAGACAGAGAGAAACCCACAACCUGCAGACAGCAGCUUUACAGGGUUUGUUUCCGUUCCUUCUGAUCUCAGUUUGAACUAAACCAGCUCUCUGAGACAUCAGAGUCCAUGAGAGAGGAGGAGCAGGAGGAGCAGUAGAGGAGCGGAAUGGAGGAGGACAAGCAGAACCCGGAGCACCGGAGCAACAAGGUCCGGAGAAGACAAGCAGCAGGCUCGUCCUCUGAUAGCAGCGAUGUUGAGAAACGGAGAGGAAGAGAGGAACUCAAAAGUCACCGCUGUCAGCACUGUGACAAAUCCUUCACAUCAUCUGAAUCUCUGAGGGUUCAUCAGAGAGUUCACGCUGGAGAGAGACCGUACAGCUGUGACCAAUGUGACAAAGCUUUCAAACGCAAGUAUCAUCUAAAUCGUCACCAACGCAGUCACGCCGGAGAGAAACCAUUCAGCUGUGACCUGUGCGGGAAAGGAUUCGCAAGAGCAUGUUCUUUAAAACUCCAUUAUGGGAUUCAUACUGGAGAGAAACCAUUCAGCUGCGACCAAUGUGGGGAAACUUUCCUACACAGGGGUCACUUUAAAAACCACCAAUACAUUCACACUGGAGAGAAACCAUACAGCUGUGACCAGUGUGGGAAAACUUUUGCUAUUCUUUAUUACUUAAAAAAUCAUCAGCGCAUUCACACAGGAGAGAGACGGCACAGCUGUGUUGAAUGUGGAAUGGCUUUCACGAGGCGAACUGAACUUAAUCGUCACCAGCACAUUCACUCUGGGGAGAAACCAUACUGGUGUGACCUCUGUGGGAAAAAUUUUGCCCGGUCUAGUGCCUUACACGUCCACCGACGUACUCACACGGGAGAGAAACCGUACUGGUGUGACAAAUGUGGGAAAACGUUCACCUCAUCAAGUGGACUUCGGGUGCACCAACGUGUUCAUACCGGAGAGAAACCGUACAGCUGCAACCAGUGUGGGAAAUCUUUCACCUCUCAAGGGAGCCUAGAAGUCCACCGACGUAGUCACACUGGAGAGAAACCCUUCUGGUGUGACGAAUGUGGGGAAACUUUUACCUCAUCAAGUGGACUUAGAGUACACCAACGUGUUCAUGCUGAAGAGAAAGAGAAAGAGAAAACACUCCACCGUCCAGAGACAGCGUUAGCCACUGACGGCCAAGGCAAUCUUUGAGUUAAUCUUUGGCUGCUGCUCUCAGAUCUGCACAGAGGAGAGUUGUGGGUGCAGCAAACAGCAGCAAAGACCCUGUGCUCUGAAUGUGACCUGCUCCCAGCAGACACAAAAACUGAAGACACCCGAGAAGUCAGUGCACCAUCUAACUUUUCAAGCUAAGGAGAACCAAGCUGAGUCAGCUCUAAACUGCCAAUUCUGUACGGAUACAGAGCAAACCGAUUCCUUUACAUCGUUGGAACACACCACAACGAAGACUUCACUGGAACCCCCUUCUUCUAAAGCCAGGUUCAUCCACAACGGACAACCGCCGGCUAGCAAGUCGUGAGUCAGGAACAUAUAUGUUGAGGUAAAUCCUCUCAGGCACUGUCUCUCACAACAGACAAAUAUCUCUACAGAAUAUUAAAGAGAUAAAAAGGAAACUGGCUGAAACCAGCUGUGUCACAGAUGAUCGAAUGGAAGGAGUGAGUGAACAGUGAAUAACACUGAUCAUUUUGUUAUAGAGUAACGUUCUUCUGACGAACCUUGGCUCCUGGAAUUCACGUGGAUACCACCUGAAACAACACCAUCCAUCCAAACACCAUUACAGACCAAGUACUCCCCACUCCCUGAUGGCAGUGGCCCCCCAGCAGGAUAAAGCACCAUACCACACCACAAAAACUGCUCAGGGUAUAUUACUUAGAGCUCAACCUGGCCUCCAAAUUCCCCAGAUCCCAAUCUGAUGGAACAUCCAUUGGGCAAGCCGGUACCUCACCUCGCAACCCACAGGACUCAAAGGAUCCGUCGACAACACCUUGGUGCCAGACAACACAGGACACCCCCAGAGCUAGUGAUGGCCAAAUGAGGCCUCGUGAACCACUGUCUUUAUUUUCUGAAGCCACUGGAUGGCACUGUCUGUUCAACAAAGGUUUGAAAGCACACCUCAUUGCCUUUCCUUCAGCCUUCAUCUUUAAAACAAGAGCGCCAUCUGGUGGAGUCAGAAAAUAAAGAAAAUGGUUCAUGAGGCUUCACUUGACCAUCACUACCCACAGGUCCUGUCUCAGUGCCUCGACAGGUCAGAGGCCUCAUCAUAGGUCGGACUCGGCUCUGACCUGUUGUGGCCUGAACAAAGGACAUCUGGGGUAUCGGUUUGAACCAAAGAUGCUCGAUCAGAUCGGGAUCUGGGGAAUUUGAAAGCCAGGUUGACGUCUUGAGCUCAUCGUCACGUUCCUUGGACGAUUCCUGAGCAGUGUUUGCAGUGUGGCACGGUGCACUGUUCUGCUGGGGGGCAAGUGUCAUUGGGGGUACUAUUGUACUCAGUGGGGUACUUGGUCUAUUACAGAGUUUAUGUGUAUGUGUAAAGGGGCAAUAAACUCAAUAAACUUUUUUAUAUCUGACCUAAAACAGACUCGCAUGAACUGGUUAAGGUUAAAGAGGUGUGAGAGAACUUAUCUGACGGCCACAGCAAAGAAGUCCAGCGGUGCAUCCAAACAGGUUUCAGACUCACACACAGAGUCCCUUCAUCCCAUCUGCUCCAGGGAUCAGCACACUCCUCACAGGAAGCUUUGUCAUCCAGAACGUUCCCGCCAUCCAGCUGAUCCUCGUUUUAACUUGUGCUCACUUUACUUUUAAUUUUAUGUUUCUCUCUUUAAAGUUUUUGAGCAAAUAAUGGAGUAAACUUUGAUGUUCUGCUCCUUGAGCCACUCUCACUCCUCUUUGUUCUCCUUCAUGCAGCUUGUUGAUUGACUUCCCUUCCCCCACUCACAGGUGUGCCGGAUUUAUCUCCUCCCACUCUCCACCUUCCUGACACCUGUGUGAGGAGAACUAGGAUAAAACAGAUCAUAUUUUAUUAGUAACAAUACAUAUUCAGAAGAGUUUCAUCAUCAUCCAACUAAACAGCAUAAAAUACUCUGAUGAUUCUGGGGCUUGUUGCCAUUUUAUUUCAACAUAUCACA